UUUCUGAAAAAGGGUGAAAGGGGCUGAACCUAAACAAAAGAAAGAGAGAAGCCCUAAUUAUCAACAAAUUGGAAUCGAGUAGUGUAAAUUGUCGUGGUAAAGGAGCGGAGCGCACAUAUCUGAAGAACAGAGUAGAUUAGCUCAUUCCUUCUGCUAAAACCCUAAAGCUCCGUCCAGGUCCCCCAUGAUUCAGCUUCAAUUACGAGUGUGCAGUAGUAGUAAAGUGGAUUCAGUCGAAUCACGCAUAAGUCAUAACUAAAUAAUAAGCAAGAAGCCAUGAUGCAAGCAUUGCACAGAGAUGGUGAAAGUUCUUUGUCUCUGAUGGGCCCCAGACCUAUGGAAUUAUCUACUGCUCCACAUGGUGGUUCUCAUGCCUCCAGGUCAAAUGGAAAGCAGCGAACAUCAAACUUGGAGUCGCCAAUUAUGCUACUGACUGGUCAUCAGAGUGCCGUAUACACUAUGAAAUUUAAUCCGACUGGAAAUGUGAUUGCCUCUGGGUCUCAUGACAGAGAAAUUUUUCUGUGGAAUGUCCAUGGUGAAUGUAAGAACUUCAUGGUACUCAAAGGUCACAAAAAUGCAAUUCUUGACCUGCAGUGGACUACUGAUGGAUCACAAAUAAUCUCAGCUAGUGCUGACAAGACACUGAGAGCAUGGGAUGUCGAAACAGGAAAGCAGAUAAAAAGAAUGGCUGAGCACUCCUUCUGUGUGAAUUCAUGUUGUCCUUCCCGUCGGGGUCCUCCCCUUGCUGUCAGCGGAUCAGAUGAUGGCACUGCCAAACUCUGGGAUCUGCGACAGCGGGGUGCCAUCCAGACCUUUCCGGACAAAUACCAAAUAACAGCAGUCGGUUUCUCUGAUGCUUCUGAUAAGAUCUACUCGGGUGGCAUUGACAACAAUGUUAAGGUGUGGGAUCUCCGUAGGAAUGAAGUUACCAUGACACUUGAAGGCCAUCAGGACACGAUAACUGGUAUGCAGUUGAGUCCAGAUGGUUCUUAUCUUCUCACCAAUGGCAUGGACAGCACUCUCCGCAUCUGGGAUAUGCGCCCAUACGCUCCUCAGAAUCGCUGUGUGAAGGUAAUGGAUGGUCAUCAGCAUAACUUCGAGCAGAACUUGUUAAAGUGUGGCUGGUCACCUGAUGGUAGCAAGGUCACUGCUGGCAGUGCUGACCGGAUGGUGUAUAUAUGGGACACGACUACUCGACGUAUACUGUAUAAGCUGCCUGGCCACACGGGAUCUGUGAACGAAUGUUGCUUCCAUCCUAAUGAACCUAUUAUUGGAUCCUGUGGUAGUGAUAAACAAAUCUAUCUUGGGGAGAUCUGAUCAACCCUGCCAGCCACCUGAUACCUUCAAUUUUAAUUUCAGUUUAGCUACUACUAUCAUCAAUGACUGACGCCCUGAAAUAUUACAAUUCUAGAAUGUGGAAUGUGAACAAAUGCUACAAUUUAUUUACUCUGCUAUGAUUGGGUUAAUGUCAAUCUCCGUCAAGGAUGUAAUGAGAAGAAUUCGGUUUAUUUAUGUUACAGGACGAUUUUUUAUCGA